UCUAUACGUGCACACGUAGUAUGUAUCGUGAAAAGUGAUUACUGCAACUUUGUUAAGAGUGUGAGAUGUUUAACUAUCAUCAUCCAAUCACCAAACUAUUCCCUCUUAGACUUUACUCCCUCGUUUCAUUUUAUAAUUUUUAAUCUUGUUCUCAGUGCCUUUACUGUUCAUACCGAACAUAAAAUUGCGUUUAACUUGGGAUCGAUCGUUGAAGAGUGACUAGUGAUCGAUACGUUACGAUGUCGAAAAUCAAAGAUUGUGGAAAUUGCCACGGUCCCGGUUAUAGAUCGCCGAAAGCAGCGAUGACCGAGGGACCACGAGAGAAAGUGAUGUACGUCGUUUGCAUUCACACGGAUCCGAACAAAUCGGACGUACUAAGUACCGUUGAUCUAGAUCCCGAAAGCCCCGAUUACUGCAAGAUUAUUCACAAAUUACGAAUGCCUUACGUUGGCGACGAGCUGCAUCAUUCCGGUUGGAACAUUUGUAGCAGUUGCCACGACAAACCGCGGAAACGUGAUACUUUGGUGCUUCCCUGCUUAAUGUCCGAUCGCGUUUAUUUCGUAGACACGAGCAACGAGCGAGCACCAUCAAUCAAAAAGGUGUUGGAACCGGCGGAAGUACAUCGACAUGGAUUAUCAACUGUGCAUACCAGUCAUUGCAGUCCGACUGGGGAAAUUAUGAUCUCAGCGAUGGGCAAACCAAAUGGGGAUGCAUUGGGUGAAUUCCUUUGUAUCGAUUCCGAAACGCUUGAGGUGAAAGGCACUUGGACUAAGGGAGAGAAAAAGGCGUCAUUCGGUUACGACUUUUGGUAUCAACCGUAUCACGACGUGCUCGUCGCUAGUGAAUGGGGUGUCCCUCGAGUUUUUAAAAAAGGCUUCACUCCGAACGUCGCUUCCGAUCCCAAGAUAUAUGGUAGAAGUCUGAACUUUUAUUCGUGGAACGAUAAAACGCUUAAUCAAGUUUUAAAUUUGGGCAACGACGGAAUCGCGCCGCUCGAAAUACGAUUUCUUCACGAUCCGAAAUCUUCUGUGGGAUUUGUCGGAUGUGCGGUUACAUCGAAUGUCUACAAAUUUGAUAAAGAGUCGGAUGGUAAAUGGGCUGCAAAGAAAGUAAUUCAAGUAUCUGCGAAGAAAGUAGAAAAUUGGAAAGUUGGAGAUUGGGAUCUCCCACAGAUGGGAGGAAUGAUAACGGAUAUUUUGAUCAGUCUCGACGAUAAGUAUCUUUACUUAUCGAAUUGGCUUCAAGGAGACGUUAGACAGUACGAUAUUUCCGAUACGGACAAUCCGAAAUUGACAGGUCAAGUUUUUCUCGGUGGUGUGAUCCUAAAUGAUUCGACUGUUCGAGUUACUGAAGAUGCUGAACUUGAUACUCAACCAAGCCCGGUUUAUGUGAAAGGUCGUCGACUUUAUGGAUCACCACAGAUGUUACAAUUAAGUCUCGAUGGGACACGUCUAUAUGUAACCACUUCCAUUUUCAAACCUUGGGACACGCAGUUCUAUCCAGAUCAUGUCAAAAAUGGGUCGACUAUGGUUAAAUUGGACGUCGAUGUUAAGAAUGGAGGAAUGAAGCUCGAUAAUCAAUUUUUGGUGGACUUCGGCGCGGACAAAGAUGACAUUUUACUUGCGCAUGAAAUGCGUUAUCCAGGAGGUGAUUGCACGUCGGAUAUCUGGCUAGCAGAAAAUUAAUUUCGCUUCUAUAAAAAACAAUCUUCUCUGAAUUUCCAAAUUUUUGAAUUUAUACGAAUAGAGCGUACGUGUUAUUUUAUGCUGUAAUAUAUUUUUGUAACAAACCCUAUAUAUAGGAUGUAA